AUGGAUAUAAAAGCUAGAAUCGGCAUAAUUUCUCCAUCAAACGGAUACCUCCACAAAGAUGAAGUUAGUGCCGCGAGUCAUUUAACUGUAACUGUAAGGAAAUACCUACUCAUCAAUUAUGAGAUCAGCUUUUUGGAUAAUCCCACAGGAAAAAUAGUUACGGAACAGAAGGCAUUUUACUUUGUUAAAGGAAAGUUUUUAAGUCAGGAAGCACUUGGGCUUCAUCUUUCAAUACUCCUGGUUUGUGCCUUCGGGCAAUACGUACAAGGGAAGGUCGAUGAUGUCAAAUCUGAUGAAAAGAUCAUCACCGAAGGACGGAGUGCAGAUCUUGCCGGCCUCGGAGAAGUCAAGACUGCUUACAACUCCGAUGGUUCCUACGAAAAGACCAUCAAGUUGCCUGGCAACCAUGAGAUCAGCUAUGGAGUGGGCAAGGACGGUGGUUUCGGCUACGGUUACACCACUGAUGAAAAAGGCAACAUCGGGGGACUGACCGAAGGUCGAGAAUAUGGACACGGACAUGGACAUGGGCACGGACAUGGUCAUGGCCAUGGUCAUGGACAUGGUCACGGUCAUGGUCACGGUCAUGGUCACGGCCACGGACAUGGACAUGGUGUCGGACAUGGACAUGGUCACGGACACGGACAUGGUCACGGCCACGGACACGGACAUGGUCACGGUCACGGACACGGACAUGGUCACGGACACGGACAUGGUCACGGACACGGUCAUGGUCACGGACACGGUCACGGACACGGACAUGGUCACGGACACGGACAUGGUUAUCACCAUUAUGGUCGCUCUGGCAAUGGCAUCAUCUUGCCCCACAACACUUUCGGCACCACUUACGCCAACCAGCCCCUUGAAGUGCCAACUGCCAGAAACUACGGAAGUGCCCUGAACCUGGAUUCUCAGGAAAUGUCCUACUUGGAAGGCAUCAUCAAGGAAAAUUUUGGUGUCCAACACGUUCCCAUAGGACGAACACCAGAAGGACGCCUUGCUGGUGGUGCUUACACUGGACCAGCUGGGGAAGAGGUACCCGUUGCUCAACCUGCCAAAUCGCCUUAA